UCCUGGUUGGCCGUAUGAAUCUAAAGCCAUCCGCGUGUGCAGUCUGUUGUUAUAAGCGAUAACCGCUAUAUACGCUUGCAUUGAAACGGUACCAACCAACGAUAGAACAAUAACAACAACAUGGAAGAAAAGGAUGAGCACUGCCGGUUAGACUCAGAAAGCGUUUAUGAAGCAGAAUCAGAUGAACAUUCAUCCCAGAUAGUUCUGGAGACCCCCGAUCUGGUAAUUGUGAAAGAAAUUUCAGAAUAUUUCGAGGCUUCGAUUAAUGGUCAGAAACACAUGUUGUCUCAUCCUGUCACUGACCAUGAGUCUUCAGCCGACAGUGACUCCGCGGACAGCCUGUUCAUAACUCAAGCACCAGUGUCUUUGGCCGUGAGGUCUGUGAGGAGAGAUCACUCUAGCAAGACGUUAGACUCCUCAUGUUCUGUAGAAUCAGAGGAGGAAGCAUGGGCAGAAGAUGGACCUGUCCCUUCCCAAAGGAAGCAGCAAGUCUCACCUGCUGUGAAACAUCCCAAGAGGAAAGCAGAGAAACCUGGACUGAAAAAGUACUCCUUUCCCUUCCUGGAGAGGGUAUACAGAGGCAAAAGACUAUCUAGUCGGGAAAGAGCAUACAGAAACACUCACCUACCUCUACGGAAGAGUGUGACCUUUGCGAGGUCAGCAAUUGGAGGAUUUUUUAGAUGCAUCAAAACCCUGAAGAAGUUUUCUAAAGGAAAAGCAACUUUAGCCCUCGGUUUACCAAAGAGACAUCUGGAUGACGAAGGAGAACUCUCUCCACUGUCAGAACAGGAGAAGGAAUGUGACAAUAGUGAUGAUGACAUCAGAGUGGUGGACAAUUGCCUUUUUACACCAUUUCUGAAGAAAACAAAUAGACAACCUUGGCAUAAUCCAUUCCCUGAAGCCAGCAAAGCCUCCUCCUUUAAGAUACAGGAACUGUGCAAAGGGAAAACACAUCUCCCAAGUGUAAAACAAACUCCUUUAUGGGAAGACAAAACACCAAAGCAGAGCUUUUCAUUGCAAAACAAGUCACAGAAAGAUAACAUUUCCAAAAAGAGGAUUAACCCAAAAUCAGGAAGUCGUGUGAUGAGAGAUUCAUCUCAUCGGAGUCACAAUGAGACUGAUGCAGAAGAACCUGAGAUAGAUGUUGCUGACAGUAUAGAUGGACAGGAAGAAAAUGCCAACAGAGAUAUUUCAUUGACAGACUGGGACACAGUUACAAGUAUAGAACUUUUCAGUGAGGAAUCUGAGGAUGAAGACAUAAGUAGGAAACAUCUGGCCGUGGAGACACGUUCCCCUAAUAAUGAAGUGCAGGAAAGUGACCACCAGAACCAGACUAGAGAAAGAGAGGCGGAACCUGAAUUUAGAGGUCUCCACCUCUCAUUAACAGAGCAAGCCAUCACAAAUAUUGCUGUUAGGGCCGAAGGCCAGAAGAAAAAGCAGAAGGCGAAAAAGAAGUUCAGGGGGAGCGAAAAUGAUCAAAGUAUGGAUGAGACAGUUGGUCAACCUCCCUGUCUAGAAGUUCAAAAGGAUCAGGAUCUAGUCAGCUCUGCGGGUACAGACGCCAUACUGGGAGGACAGGCUUCUGAGAUCAGCCAGGAUAAUAUCAGCCAUUCUGUGUCAGGUGAAGUGAUUAUGCCACAGAAAAAGAAGAGAAACAAGGAGAGUAGGAGGGAGUCACACCGUAAUGAUGAAGAAAUGGUCACAAGACAGGACCAAAAUGCCAAGCUAUUAUCCCGUGGUGAAGGGGCAGCAAUAGUUCUGAGGGAUGACAAACAACUGAAGAAAAAAAAGAAAAAGAAAAAGGAUAAGAAUUCCAUAGCACAUGACACAUCUGAAAAUGAACACUUAGAUAAACUGAAUUCAGAGUCACACGUAGACGAGGCUAUAGGAAUCCAAAAAGAAAGACACUUUUCAGUCCCCCCAAUAUAUGAUGAGACAAACCUACAGGUAAAUACUGAGAUAUGCCAGAAAACAAUUGAGAGUUCUAUAGUCCAAUAUGCUGAAUUAAUAGACCAGAAGAAGCAUAAAACUAUUUCAGACAUGGAGGGUUCUUUGGCGCAAAUUAAUAGUGCAGUUUCUCUUCUAAAAAUUAAAAAGCGUAAAAAGGAAAGAAAUUCUUUCUGCAGUAAUGAGACUGCAGGAAAUUAUUCCGAAAUGACACCUCUUAGUGCAAGCAUUUUAUAUCCAUUUGAUGAAAUCAGUGAACUGAAGAAAAUGCGCAAACAUGAGGAAAACCAGAAUUUGCACACACCAAAACAGAAGACUGAGAGGUCUGAAGACAUGAUUACAAGGAAGAAGAAGAAGAAGAAGAAGAAGAAGAAGAGGAAAUAUUCCCUUGACAAUGACACCGUAGUUGUACUUCAAGAGGAUAAAACUGAACAACACCAUGACACUCUCCAAAGUGCUGUGUCUGACACCACUGACACAUUUCCACAAAGAAAGAAGAAAAGUGAGGAUAAGGAUUUAACAAUACCUCUGAACGCAACAGAGAACAAUCAAAAGGACCACACUCCAUCUCAGAGUUUAGUAUCUGAAACUGAUGAGAUCACAAGCCCAAGGAAAAGUAAGACAAAAAGAGAGAGAUCUAAAAACAAUUGUCCCAUCAACCACGUGGAUACAGCAGCUCCCCUGGACAAAGAGAGUAUUGUCCUGGAGGAGUGGGAGGAAUCUGUAUUGACGCCAGUUGACAUUGUAUCUCAGAGAAAAUCAAAGAAAAAGUCUGGCACCCAUGUCCAACCUGGGGAUAGACUAAAUCAUGGUGUAGCUCAACUACCCCAGAGGAACAAAAAUCCUGCUCAAAAUCCUAGCCUGGAAGGAAAGACUGACAACUUGGAUGUAAUGGAAGUGAGACUGGACGAGGCAAGUGCCGUUAUAUCCUCCAAUAGCAAGAAGAGAAAGACGAAGAGGAAAACCUCUGAUGAAGCAUAUCCAGAUAAUAAUAGCUCUGCAAUGUUAACUGAAGCGAUUUAGGGUUCUGUGACCCAGUGCAAUGAAACCAGUCAGUUGGCAAAAAGAAUAUAUGGAAAGGAAACUAAAAAGAAGUCAGUGGCCCUGCUGGACACAGAGAGAGGACAAGCCGGGGAGAUAAUGUUUGAGCAAGUGAUGUCAGACUGUUUGCCUUUACCACAGAAUAAUCCUGAUCCUGGAUCAAUCUCUUAUCAACUGGUUUCAAAAGCAAAGAAAACGAAGAAACUGCAUAAUGCAAAACAGGAUUUCUUCACAACAGUGGAAUAAAAUAUAAACCUAGCUUUUUUUUAUGUGAGGUUA